GAAAGCUCAUGGUUGAAAAUAUUCAUGAUCAAAUUGAAGAGUUGAAAAGAAAGAAAGUCAUUCUAUCUGAAUUAGAUGCUACUGGUAUUGUUUUGAGAAAAGUCGUGGAUACUAUCGAUACAAUGUACGAUUUCAUCAGAGAAAAGUACAGAAUAACUCAUUCAAGCUCUUAUAAGGUUCCAAUUGACAAAACUUUCAAAGUCAAAGAAAAGGUAUUUCAAUUCAAUUUAUUUAUAGCUUCAAUGAAAUUAACGAUUCUCAUUAAUUUUUUCCAGAAUCAAAUUUUCAUUGAAGGGCUGUUGGAAUUGCCCCUGGACAAAUAUAAAAAUGCUUUAAGAUUAGCCAAGCCUAAUGCCCCAGCCAUUGGUUAUCAAAUUAUUAAAACAGCUUUUCCCGAAUCUUAUUACAAAAAUGUAACUCUUGGAAAAAAAUCAUAUAAAAAUGAACAACUUCAUUCAUAUAAAUUCGUGACAAAUGGAGGCGAGAAUUCAACUUCGGUACCAUUGGCUUUUGUUUUCGCAUUUGCAGACCCUUUCUCAAAGCCUUAUGAAGGUGAAAUUGAUCCUGAGCUUGGACAAUCAAGAAUCAAUUCAUUUCAAGAUCACAUAUUCCGUAGAUCUGGCGUGGAAGAAUAUACUGAAAAAGAAUUGAAUGAUGUACGGCAAAGGUUGAUCAGGAUUUUGGGUUCAUUGAAUAGAAAAUCAAAAUCAACAGAAGAUUCUGAUCCCGAGGAUGGCGAGGAAGGAAAUGAUCUUGAAGAUCAAGAUGAAGAUGAGCAAAGUGGAGUUUAUUCAAAAUCAUUUGAUCUUGACAUUCUAGAAGAUAUUCAAACUUAGUAGAAUUGGAUUAUUCCGACAAAUUUAGAAUCUCUUUCUGAUUCAUUAAUAAAGA